AUGGCCACCCCUUCCCAAUCUACCCAGAAAGAGGUCUCCAUAGUCAAAGCUUCAGUUGAUGAUGCAUCGGCUAUAAAACAAAUUGUUGAUUCUGCGUAUGCCAAAUAUAUCGACCGCAUUGGCAAACCACCCGCUCCAAUGUCGGAGGAUUACUAUUCGGUAAUCCAAACAAGUCAAGUUUUUAUCUUGAAAGAGCACAAUAGAUCCUCGAUCGGUGCAAUUACGCUCAGUUUUGAUGAUGGCUCCAAGACAGUGAAGAUCGAUAACUUAGUUGUCGACCCUGCGGCACAGGGGCGCGGGUACGGUCGCGUUUUGAUGAAACAUGCAGAAAACCUCGCACUAUCGCAAAAUAUCUUCGUAUUGGAACUCUAUACCAAUGCCAAAAUGUACGAAAAUAUUCGACUGUAUGCAAAGUUGGGAUUUAUCGAGGAGGGACGGAGGACCGAAGAUGGAUUUGAUCGGGUUUAUUUCCGCAAAGCCUUGGAUCGUGGUGGGAAAGCUUGA